CAACUAACCUAAAUGAAAGUAAACAUGUUGAAUACAAAGCUCGAAAAUUGUUGACAAUUUGCGUCGUCUCAAAGGGUUAAAGUUUCGUGUGUCUAUUUUGGAGGGAUUGGUAUCUUAUUCUUAGCACGAGGCAUUGGGAUGAGUGCAGACACAGUGUCAACUCCUGAUCAUAAGUUUGCAGAAGCCGUUGCAGGGCUCUGUCUGGAGAAGUAUGCCAAACUGCCAAGACGAGGGAAACCAAUGGUUGGAAAGGAAUGGACACUGCUGGCCGGCAUUGUCAUGGCAACAGAAAACGGUGAACCUCCAGCCAACCUGAAGGUUGUGUCCUUGGGGACAGGGUCCAAGUGUCUCCCUGCAUCAAAAAUGAGCAAGUCUGGAGACAUCAUCAAUGACAGCCAUGCUGAGGUUCUGGCUAGGAGGGCCUUUCUCAGGUACCUGUAUGUGGAGCUCGGGAGGCUGUACAGGACAGGGGCCAGUGAGGUGCUUGAAAUGGCUGACCACAACCGUUGUGGGCUCAAACAAGGAGUAACUUUCCACAUGUACACUUCACUCACUCCAUGUGGAGAUGCUUCUAUAUUUCCUAAACAGUCUGGUUCCGAGUGUGAGAGUCCAGGGGAAUUGGUGACAGUCAAAGAUGGAGACCUUCAACUUGAUAGUAGGGGGAGCUGUUUUAAAGAGGUGGAUAGUAAAACUGGAUCUGGAGGGAGAACAAAGGCAGUUCCUAUGUGUAGUAUACAUGGUGGUAAUGAUGCGUCACAUGUUCAAAAUGUUUCAGUUGUGUUCGAAAAAGAGUUGCCAGAAAAGAUUGGUUGCACGACACAGGGGCAGUCCUUAAACAUUAAUUGUGAAAAUGGAGCUGAUAAUGAGAUAAGUGAAGUAACAGUUAAACCUGAUGAUAAACUCAUCAGAGGUUGUGCAGACAGUAGUAAUAAAUGUGGAACAAGUGUAGAGAUCAUGCAUGAACAUCAGGAUAUCGGCACAAAAAAUGACUGUCUGUCUGACCAGUGUGGUAGCGGUGUGAAAACUGAUAAAGCUGAAGAAGUCAAAUCAUCACAGGACACUGAAAAUAAGGAGGACAAGAGGAAAAGGCUGGUGGAGGAUGUGGAUGCAGAUGCAAUAAAACGACAAAAACUGCACAAAACUCCUGUCAAAGGUGACAUUUAUCGUACUGGAGCCAAGUGUUUGCCUGGUGGGGCCCAGGAUGCCUUACAGCCAGGGACCGACUACCAUGCAACUGCCGCUUUCAGGACAAAGCCAGGUCGUGGGGAGAGGACAUUGUGUAUGAGCUGUAGUGACAAGCUGGCACGCUGGUGUGUGGUAGGCCUACAGGGGGCACUGCUAGCACACUUCCUAGACACACCUAUCUACCUUGUGUCAGUUGUGGUCGGCAGCUGCCCGUAUGACAAGCACUCCAUGUAUCGAGCUCUGGUGUCCCGCAGUGAGGGUGUGGAGGGUGCCCUGCCCAGGGGCUACUGUCACCACCAACCGGUGUUUCUUCAGAGUCCCCUGACAUUCCCAUACAGCAGACAGGUGGUGGAGGAGCAGAACCCAGGGGUCAGUCUAGUACCCAGCUCUGUAGGUUUGGGAUGGCACCUUGGUGAAGAUGGAGGGAUGACCGACGUUACUGUCCUCGGCAAGAAACAGGGCGUCACUGCCAAAAACAGGCACACAGAAAAAGCCAGGAGUGCAAUGUGUAGCAAAUCCCUGUUUGACCUUUUCCUGAGUCUUGUAUCAGAUAUCCCUCCAGAAAACCUGCCGGACUCAAUUAGAAAUAAAACUCUACACACAUACCAUGACUACAAGAUGGCCGCUACUGAUUACCAAUUAUCAUGGCAACAGUUGCUAAGUAUCUUCAAGAACUGGCAACACAAGCCUUCAGGAUACACAGACUUUACUUGAUGUCGUCUGUAUUAUAAUAGAAAAUAAAUGAUAGGAAAUGUGUCACCUUCAAUAUUGUAUUACUCAUUUGAUAUCUGUGUGUGAAUCAAGUGUCCUUGGCCAAUCUCCUGCUUGGGCCGUAUUCAUUAAGCAACUUAGGUAGUAGAACCAAACCUUAUUUUUAAGCUAAGUUUAAAGAAUACUAAAACAAACCUGUAAACCAAUGAUUUUUUUUAUUGAUCUUGCAAAAGAUCAUUUUUGAUCUCGUGUCAUCAGUGUGUGUGUGGGGGGGGGGGGGGGUGUAAGCAACUACCGUAGAGAUUAAUUCAAAGAUCAUUUCUGUGAAUUUUCACGAAAAUUGGUCCCAAAAAAUUAUAAUACUAAUACUUCCUCAGUUGAUGAAAACAUACCGGUACCAUAGUUUGGCAAAGAUUUUAGCAAGAGUUAUGGGCCUUGCCAUAAAUACACAUAUAACCAAACAAUGAGACAAAGGCUAUGGCUAAAGCUGAGCUGAAAGAAGGCAUAAUAAUGACAUUUUUAUGGUGUUGUUCAUUACAUAAAAACAGUUUAGAAAUUAAGUCAAUAGAUAGAAAGCAAUACAUAUUUGUCAAGGAUGUCAUGCCAUACUAUUAAAAUGCCUGCUACAGAAGUUACCAAUAAUUUAAUAACAUGCCUUCAAAGUACACCCCCUUUCAAAUAUGCUAUCGUUUUGGGCCCUUAUCACUCCUGUGAUGGCCCUAGUUAGUGUAGUCAAACUGUGUGUGCUGUCCAUUGGUCUGUCAAUCUGUUAACAUCGCGUCUUGUAGAUGAAAUGUGGUGUGUCACGCAUAAUGUAUGUGCUCUCACCUCAAAUGUCAACGUCACUAUUAUUAGUUGUUGGAGGCGCCCAGAGAUUUCUUAGUAAUAGUUCAUGCCUCAGCUUUGUUGCUCUUAAUCAGAUUUUGAACUUCACAGAAUUAUCAAGUACCAUGAAAAUGUUUCACAGAUCAAUAUAUAUAUAUAUCUCAUAACAAAUGUCAAGGUCACACUUGUAGGUCAGUGGUACCUUUUUUAGAUUCCAUAGCAAUAUUUAGUGCCUCAGUCAUAACUUUGUAAUCAUGAGAAAUUCACAUGUGUACCAGAGAAAGUGUGUUAUGUAUUCAAGGCGUUCUCUACGCGCAAUAUGGAUUACAUACAACUUGGUGUGAUAUAUCACUUAGUAGCAAUUAUAUUCAAACUUCACAAAAUUUUAAAACACUUUCAUAUCGUGCAUCAGACAAAACUAGAGAUUGCUUUUUUGAAAAAGCGCUUGUCUCCCCUAUUGUGUGGUCGUAGCUGAGAAAAAAUAAAUGGACAUGAAAUUUGUAAUUUUGGACUGGAGACAAUCCAACAGUGAAGUUCGGUUUAUUCACCCGUAUAAAAUAGUGAACAUCUACUGCGACCUUGACCUUUGACCUACUGAUCUCAAAAUCAAUAGGGGUCAUCUACUAGUCAUGACAGAAGUUCCUGGGUGCAAGCAUUCUCUAUUUAUUGAGCGGAAACAAAGUGUGACGUACAGACUGACGGACUGACUGAUCACAAAAUCAAUAGGGGUCAACAACUAGUCAUGACCACCUUGUAUACCAAGUAUGAAGUUCCUGGGUGCAAGCGUUCUUUAGUUACUGAGCAGUAACCGUUUCUUUACCUCAAGCUCAUGGCGACUGACCGUUUGAUCUUAAAAUCAAUAGGGUUCAUCUACUAGUCAUGACCAACUAUUCAAAGUAUGAAGUUCCUGGGUGCAAGCGUUUUUAAGUUAUUGAGCGCAAACCGUUUCUUUACCUCAAGGUCACGGUGACCUUGACCGUUGACCUACUGAUCUCAAAAUCAAUAGGAGUCAUGAACAACUAGCAUGCCAAGUAUAAAGUUCCUGGGUACAAGCGUUUUUUAGCCAUUAAGGAGAAACCAUUUUUAAGCUUAAGGUCACCGCCAACAUAUCGAUUUUUACCAGAAGUUAACCUUGACCUUUUGAUCUCAAAAUCAAUAGGGGUAUUCUACUAGUCAUGAACAACUAUCAUACCAAGUAUGAAGUUCCUGAACCCAAAGAAUCUUUAGUUAUUGAGCAGAAACCGUUUCUUGACCUCAAGGUCAGGGCGACCUUGACCUUUGACCUACUGAUCUCAAAAUCGAUGGGGGUCAUCUACUAGUCAUGACCAACUAGCAUACCAAGUAUGAAAUUCCUUCUAAGCGUUUUAUAGUUAUUGAGCGGAAACGAAGUGUGACAUAAGCACUGACGGACAGGGCAAAAACAAUAUGUCUCCCCAUGAAUGGAGGAGACAUAAUUUCAAAUAAAACAUCAAGGUCAUGCUUAUAGGUCAGGAAUGCCCAAAGAUAUAAGUGGAAUAAAGUAAGUGUGCGUAAGCGUGCAAGCAAAACUAGUACAGUUUCCAUUAAAGCUUAAGAAAUGUGAUUUUUUUUUUUAUUAAGGUUUAUUCAGAAAAAUUGUCACAUCUGAAGUAAGAAUACUUGUAUAUAUAAAACUUUUCUUGUCUAUCUAAAACUUAAAUAUUUAAAUUUAUAUGGUAAAAGCCAAUUGCCUCCUGACGAUCUUCAUUACCAUGUUGUUGUUUUUUCACUCAUAUAAUUAUAUAGAUCAUUAUAUGUCCUGGGGAGAAAGACAACACUUUUUUGUAUUGGCUGUUUAAUGAGCAAUUUUAUCACAACAGGACUAAUACAUUGAAAUCUAGACAACAUUUAGUAAAGUAUAUAUUGAUAAGUAUAUAUAGUAUUUUAUGCAGUUUAACAAAAUGAUAUUAUGCUCAAUUUUUUUUAGCAAUGCACUAAACAAAGACAUCAGAUUGUUGUUAAAUCAAAUUAUGAAAAAAGAUUAAUAAUCUCCUUAACCUUUUGCUUGACACCAGUAAUUUUAAUUACAAAUGUAUGUGAUACUACAACAGGAAUUGUGAGGAGCUAAGUACACAUGUAUGUGAUACUACAACAGGAAUUGUGAGGAGCUAAGUACACAUGCAUGUGAUACUACAACAGGAAUUGUGAGGAGCUCAGUACACAUGCAUGUGAUACUACAACAGGAAUUGUGAGGAGCUAAGUACACAUGCAUGUGAUACUACAACAGGAAUUGUGAGGAGCUAAGUACACAUGCAUGUGAUACUACAACAGGAAUUGUGAGGAGCUAAGUACACAUGCAUGUGAUACUACAACAGGAAUUGUGCAGAGUAAGCGCAAACGCUCUUCUUUAUCAUAUGUCAAAACAGGGACAAAACUACAAUUAUAAAAGCCAGAGUUCUGGGCCUUGUUUAUAUGUGGGUAUUGUCUCUGGCAACAGGA